CCAUUUCCUACCAACAUGAAUGGUCAGAAUUCGCGACCACCAACUCGAAGCGGCAGUCGGAGUGGAAGCCGACCUUCAUCCCAAGAUCAACAUCUUACAUCUCCAGCAAUGCCACCACCACCACUAGCUUUAAAGAAAGAUCCACAGGCACAGAAGAUUAUUGCUAGUGAACUUGGGACAGAUCGUCCCGUAGUGGCCGCAAUCGAUAAGGUUCCCAUGAAGCCAACUGCUCCACAAAAUGGAAGAAAUAACUUAGAAUACAAUGCUGCCUUUGGAACUAGGCCUAAGAUCCCAAGGACUCCAGAAGGAGCCAGGCCUGUCAGUAGAGGCAUGAGCCCUGCACCGCAGCCUAAGCUUUCGGACUCACUACCACAGACCAGGCCACCCAGUGGUGGAAAUAGAACAAAUAUAAGGAAAUAAGAAACCUGCCCAAGUGAUUGAACAUCCAGAACAAAAGCCUUGAAAUUUGAACCUUGAUAUCACUAAAAGAACCAUGACAACAUUCUACUGGACAAAUCAUCUCAGGAUGGAACUAUUAAAGAGGACUUUUUAAAACCGCAAUGUAGAUCAAGAAUCAGCAGAUGAUGAAUUAAACUUAAAAGUAGUAGAAGGUCCAGUUUAGAAAAUAAGAAGAUGCUGGAGACCUGUGCAUGAACAUUAUUCUACAAGAUGCUGGAAAACCAAUAGUAGAACAUUACAUAAAGAUCAAUCCAGAAGAUACUGGAGAACAAAUACAAGCCUCAGCAUGAAAAGUAAUCUACAGUAAAUGAUACUGGAGAACCAGAACUGUCUGCUUGAAGACCACUCUAAAGUGCUAACGCUUCAAUAGAACCAUCCUCAUUAAGACCACUCCAGAUGCUGCUGGAGACACUCAUAGAGUUUGUUUGAAAUUUUCUAAAGAAAAGUAUAUACUGUAUAAUAACAAAAAAACAUUAGAAAUCUUACUGGAUUAUUAAUAAGUUGUUUUGUAGGAUUGAUGCAUAUUUGAAGCACCUGAUAACCCAUUCCAAAGAAUUCCUGAUACUUAGAUUGCAAUAGAGAGGACCCAUUGAGUUGAUUGAUCAAUAUUAUAUGUUGAAGUCAUUCCUAGUAUGUGGGUGGUAUGCUUACUUGAGUUUUUAUAAAUUAUUGCCUUGACAUAACAUUUUGAUCUUAAUGAAUUUCAUCUGGUUCUAUAAUGUAUGGGAGGAAAAUUAUUUAUUUUGUUGAACCAAUUAGUUGCUUACCUUAGCAACAGUUUCAGUUUUCAGCAACUGAAAAGUCACUUUCUUCUGUCUAAUUAACCAUUGGAUGAAUUUACGAUUUACGCUUCAGUGAGUGAGUACUCCAACACAAAUUUUGCCCUGGUGCCAUAUUGAUGACCUAUUAUUCAAGCAAAGCACAAGGGGGAAAAUGGUUCAACAAAACUGAUAGUUUUCCUACUACAAUUGAGAUUCAGUGACCAGAAUUCAUUUUUCAAAGGCCUUAAAAAGACAAAUAUUGAAUGCUUAUUAAUUUUUUACCAUAAACUAAAUGUUAUAAUAUCAAAUGAUCAAACUAUUUACACAUUUCUGUAAUAAUAUAUUUAUUUAAAUUUAUUCAGGUAAAAUAUGAUAUAUGAUAUUAGCUACAGUAUUUUAGCAAUUGUUAAAUUAUAGUAUGUAGGUUUAAAGAUAUACUGUAGUGUAAAUUUGAAGAUUUUCAUAGUAAAAAAAAAUAUUUAAAUCAGAAAUAAACCUUGAAUGGUUUAACCAGUGGUGGCUCCAUAAAUUUGCAGACUGAGUUUGACAUGUCCAAUGCAGGGUCUGAACCAAAGGGUGGAUUAAAGCAUUGGUCAGGGUCCCAGAAUAAAAAAUCCCUGGUAGUGUUUAUGGCUUAUUAUGGCCCAAGUUGUGCUUUUAGACCACAAUAUUAGGGAUUGGCAAUCAAAAAAAUAACAUUGUUUGGAUAGGCAAAUUAAUAUUUUUGGUCCAAAAUCCUGGUGGCAUCAGACGACGAGGGGUCUAGGCCUGUCCGAAGGUGGGAGGGGUUGGGGGAAUGUCUUCCUUGCCUUCCCACUGCUGCCACUACUGGAUGUUGGAUGUUGACAAAUUAAUUGACUUUAAAUAGUUUGAUAAAUUUAUUGAUUUAAUUAACUCGUUAUUCAACCAAUCUUCAAACUGUGUAUACUGGAAUCUUUGCUGUUUGUUCUGCUCUUCGAUAAUAUAUUUGAAAUUGGCGCUUCAUAAAUGUUUGAUUAGUUUAAAAAACAGUAAACUACUAGAAAGUGUAAAAAGAAAUAGAUAUGUGUGGUUGUUGUAAUAUAAAUAUUAUAAUGUAUUUUAAUAAAUUGUUCAUUUGAGCACAUCAUUGAGGCAAGCAAAGCAAAUUUCAA